AUGUCUGACGGCGCACUUUUCAAACCGGACAAGGACUUCAGCAAGGAUGCGGACACCAUUCUGCCGGAGGCAGAGUCCUUAGCAAAGAAAGACCUCCAAAAGGGAAUUGAUAAAAUCCUCGGACUCGAAAAGCAAGCCAGACAGGCAUCAGAUCUCGCCACAACCUCACGAUGUUUAGUUGCUAUCGUCACAUUAUGCAAAGAGGCUGGAGAUUGGAGUCAGAUGAACGAACAAGUGCUCUUACUGUCAAAGAAACAUGGACAACUCAAACAAGCUAUCACCAACAUGGUGCAGGUGGUUAUGGGCUUCCUGGAUGACACUCCCAACAUGGACACAAAGCUUAGUGUAAUUGAGACAUUACGGACGGUCACAGAGGGCAAGAUCUUCGUCGAAGUUGAACGUGCCCGAAUCACCCGCAUUCUAUCCAACAUCAAGAAGGAGCAAGGCGACAUCAAAGCAGCCUGCGACAUUCUGUGCGAACUGCAAGUCGAAACUUUUGGAUCCAUGACAAGAAGAGAAAAGACAGAGUUCAUCCUAGAACAAGUGGCACUGUGCAUUCAGAACGGCGACUGGACCCAGGCAACAAUCUUAAGCCGGAAGAUCAGUACGAGAUACUUUGCUCGAAAGCCCAAGAAGACGCCUGAGCAACUGGAAAAGGAGAAGAAGGCGGCCGAAGAGAGGGAGAAGAAGCGAAAAGCCGGAGAAGAUAUUCCACCCGAAGAAAAGGAAGACGACGUAACCGAUCUGAAGUUGCGAUAUUACGAACAGCAAAUCACUCUAGCGAAGCACGAAGAAAAAUACCUCGAAGUGUGCAAGCACUACAGACAAGUUCUCAACACCGAGUCGGUAGAGAACAACCCCGAACAGCUCCGCGCUGUUCUUCAACGGGUAAUAUGGUUUGUUCUCCUGGCUCCAUACGACAAUGAGCAGUCUGACCUACUACAUCGAGUGUACCAAGACAGUCGGAACAGCGAGGUGCCAAAGGAUGCCGCGCUGCUGAAACAAUUCACCAUCCACGAACUCAUGCGUUGGCCUAUGGUUGAAAAGCAAUACGGCGAACAUCUCUGCUCCACAGACGUCUUCUCCAAGACGCCCGAUUCGAGUGAUCCGAAGGCCCAUACACGAUACGAAGCGUUGAGGCACCGUGUGAUCGAGCAUAAUGUGCGUGUUGUGGCGAAAUACUACACCCGUAUCACCUUCCCACGCUUGACGGAGCUCCUGGAUCUCUCGGAAGAAGAGACGGAGAAGUACAUUUCCGAUCUCGUGACUAAGAAGACAGUCUAUGCACGGAUCGAUCGACCCGCGCGGGUGGUCAGCUUCGAGGUUAAGCGUGGACCGGACGAGGUGUUGGACGAGUGGUCGGGCAGUAUGAAAGGACUGCUGGGACUGUUGGAACGUGUUGGACAUCUUAUCCAGCGGGAGGAGAUGAUGGCCAGAAUCCAACCCAAGGAAGAAGUCAGCAAGAAAGAAUCGGGCAAGAAGGUCCAGGAGAAGGUCCAGGCAUAG